AUGAUCGGAAACGUCUAUGUGAAGUACUACCACGAAGAGGACGCCGAGAGGGCCCUGAUGAAACUCACAGGUCGUUUCUACAGUGGAAAGCUCAUCCAGGCCGAAUACACCACGGUCUCCGACUUCCGUGAGGCCCGCUGCCGGGCGUUCCACGAGACGCGCUGCAACCGCGGAGCUUACUGCAAUUUCAUGCACAUUAAGCACAUUCCGCGAGCAAUCAAGCGCCGCGUGGUGCGAGAGAUGUACGACGACCACCCCGAGUACCUGGGCCAGACGGCCAAGAAGUCCAAGAAGGACAAGGACAAGGACCGUGACCGCGACCGUGACCGCCGCAGCCGCUCCAGGCGUCGGGAGAAGGAAAAGAAGGAGAAAGACCGCGGAGACAAGGGCGCUGCGGCUCCUCCAGCCCGCCAGACAUCUGAGGAGCGUAGGGCCAUGAUUGCGUCUUGGAACGCCGAGAAGGAGGGCGGCGUCGUUGCCUGA